AUGACGAAGGACAGCAGCAUAACCGACCAGCAGUGUACUGCCGGCGCCCGCUGUGAAAGGGACAAGACGACGGGUCACCACAUACUUGAAAUUGUCCCUCCUCUUCUACGGAGUACGGUCGUCAUGAGGAAGGUCCUUCUCAUAACAGCGGUUAUGCUGAUAACUGCUUGUUCGUGGAGUUCGUUUUCGGAUGCUUCCAGGCAGAGGAGGUACGGAUUCGUGAAUCCAAGCGCGCCUACUCUAAUUGGUUUCAUCCUCACCAUCCCCAUAUCACUGGCCGUUCCCUCCAUAGCUCAAAAGUUCGGGAGAUCCCUCAGCCUCCAGGAUGUGAUCUACGAAGAUGACGAGAUUCCAGAGGCACUCUACUGGGACGUUGCCUACGAAACGGAGCUGGAGAAACUCGCGGUAUAUUUUGCGCAUUUGGAGCUCUUCACCAUGGGGUGUCAGGAGAGGCUCAUUUGUGAAUUGGCUGCAGAACCAGAGACCUUUUCACCAAUCGCAGAGAUUUUCUUGAAGGAACUCAGACCACUGCACGGUCCCGUCAAACGUUCCCCGGAUUCCCUGAUGUGGCGUUACAUGGUGGCGAUGAGAGAGGGCUUCACGGCUCCCAUUGAGGCCUGUGGGACGUCAUACCCCAAAUGCCCACUGCCAGCGAAGAAGAUCCUCAACAUGCCAGUGCUUAAAGUAUGGCAGUUCCUGGCUACGAAGUUCAACAUGCGGUUGAGGUGAAAGGAAACGCAUUUGAAAUGAUCGAAAAUAUAGAGCUGAAGUCCUUUUCUUAUUUUAAGGAACAAUAAAGCUAUUUGGGAUUGAUAAUGACAUUUAGGGAGGAAUAUAUGCAGGUGAAAAAAAAUGAGAUAGGAAAAAAAAAUUGAAUUCUGGCAUGCAUAUUCCUGUACGUGUUCAACAGUCAUGUCGUAUGACCAUUUUUUCCACACACAAAAAAACUAAAUUGACUGAACAUUACCGUAAUCAUACCAUAAGCUUUUAAAGAGCAGUUAGAUUAUAUUUUCACUAUUACAGUAACUAAAAAGGUAAGGGUCCCUCCAAAGGCCACAGUCUCGUCACAAACCAAGAGAAAUGUUCUGCAUUCCAGCAACAAUGUCUCAUGAUAUAGCAAAGUGCUUCACUCACUCACUCACUCACUCCACUGGCUGCGGGCCUCCAUGGCUCUUUGCCGCCGCUACAAGAAGUUGCCAACGACCACGGUCCUGUGCAACAUCUCACCAAUCCCCUGGACCAUCCACUCCAAGCUUUGUCAUGUCCCUUUUUAUGUUAUCAGACCAUCUCAUGCGGGGUCUUCCUGGAGGUCGUCUGCCCUCUGGUUGUCCUCGAGUAAUCUUGCUUAUUAGCAAAGUGCUUCUGUUAUAUUAUUCAUAAAAAAAUGAUAGCGGACAGAUCUCCAGUCUAGACGAUGAUAUUUAAGAGGGCUGCACCAGUCUUCUUUCUUGACACCUGACAAAACAACCUUUUAACAUGCUGUCGAAUAUAAAAAAAAACAUCAGACAUACCUUAUUCAUAGCCUGCUAAUAAACGGAUGCCUGAUGUUGGCUGGUUAGUUGGUUUAUAUUAAGGGGACUGGUGUGGACACCUGUAAUUUAUCAACCUACAAUUGGGGCUUAACUUUCGUACCAAGAACUGACACUUCCAACCAUUUGUCGACACAGCCCUCCUGGAGCCGUUUCAAAGGUUAAUCCUGACUAAUACUACUGCUUUUACUAUUGGAGCAGUAAUAUCACGAAGGUUACCCUCAUCCCGGAUGCUGCUAUACCAACAGCAAGUAACUGCUUGACCAAGAGCAAAGGUAUUCUACUUACCCUCUUCUUGGAGGCUGCUAUGCCAGCAGGAAAUUGCUUGAUCUGAAAAACAAAUGCACAUUUUGCUUUUGAAAGUGAGUGUCACGUCGUGGUUUCUGGUAUCAUUAGGUUUGAUUAUUGUCACAUAGUAAGAUAUUUUUGUUGUAGACCCGUAUUGUAUAUCUAGAGAGCUUCAAGGGGAGGACUGGUCGUAUAUGGGUUAGACCUAUGUAAGCCUGCAAGCUUACCACUUCAGAGCCGUCCCAUGUGACAGGCAAGGAUAACACUGAGGGAGUGUAAAUUGUGAUUCCAGUUGUUUAUAAACUAGUAACAUAACUCUUUUGUGAACCUUGAACCUUUGGUCUGGUCCUGUCGAUAUACUAGCUAAGAUUUCCCAGGCUAGCUGCCUCAUAUUCUGGGCUGGAUAGAAUAGGUUUCCCAUUUUGUACAUCAGCAAAUAUAAAAGACUUGGUCGUUGGUAACCUCCCAAGAAAACCAUAAUGUCAGGAUCAUAGAUCCUUUGUAUGUUGCCAAAAAUUCAACUUUAUGUAAUAUUAAACUUUAGUAACUCCUGAAUUCUGUGUGGAACAAAUACUAUAAAUAAUUCUGGUGCCAAGCACACCAAAUGAAGAAACAAUAAUAAAACCCCAAUAUUCAGACAACAUACUAUAAGAUGGUCAUUUUAAACUCAAGAAAAGUGAAUGAUUUCCUAAUAAACUUAACAAACAUACAUCGCAUAUAUUCAAAAUGUUCCCUUCAGUAACAAGGGAUGGGAGUAUUUCUCUGUUUAGCUGGAUAUUCUUUUAAGUGAUAAACUGGGCAUUAGUGUAUUUUCUCGUGUAUUCCAUAUUGUAGAUGUAAGCUAAGUCUAAUCUGUUUAUGCUGUUAUGUAAUAUAAGUCCAAUUAGGCCAGUAUCUAAUAAAAUAGGUUUUAUUUAGUCCA